CUAAAAUUUGCAGAUGUACCUUCCUCUCCACUGAACUUGCAUGUAACCAACAUCACAGAUAACAGUGUCACUGUUUCGUGGUUACCCCCGCUCUAUGAUGGGGGUGCUCCCCUUAUGGGAUAUUUAAUCGAAACUUGUUUUAAUGGUCAAUCUUGUUGGAGAAAAGAAAUUUCUACCGAUGCGAACACUCUUGAGGCAGAAAUUUCAAAUCUUAAACAAGGAGAAUUUUACUUUGUUCAUGUCUAUGCUUUCAAUAAUCAAGGCAUCAGUAGAAAAGCAUGUGAUUUAUUCGAACCAAUUUUUUGUUCAAAGCCAAAAAAGCCUAGAAAUUUAAAAAUUUUAAACGUAGAGGAUGGCUCAGUUACUGUUAGCUGGGAGAAACCAAAACAUGAUGGUGGUUAUCCUAUUAAGGAAUACCGAGUAGACGUAUCUACAACGACUCAGCCUGAGUGGACGACAGUUGCUCUCACUGAUGAAAAUCCUGUAACAAGGAUAACAGGAAUGCCAGUCGGUGAUCAUUGUUCCUUGAGAGUAACAGCUGUUAAUGCCUUUGGUGUAAAUAGCAAACCGUCUGUGUUACACCAACCUAUUAAACUUUUUUCUGAUUUUUUUUAUAUAAAAUUAAUGAUAAAUAAAUUUAAUUUUUUUUUAAAUUUUUAUCUAACAGUUUUUCCGUUCCCUGAAAAUUUAAAGGCUGUUUUGAAUUAUGAGAAUAGACAGACAUCUUUGUUGUGGGACUCCAAAAUUUUAAAAAUGGCAUCGCUGCCUUAUCAAGUUCCAAAUUAUAUUAUCGAAACUAGAAACAUUAAUGAUAAACAUUGGAAUGAAAAAAUUACCGUCAAUAUGGAUGAUAGCGGCGUUGAACUUUCAGAACAUGAUCUUCCCGACAGUUACCGAGUUAGAAUUUUGAUCUUGGAUGAUGUAGAAUCUGAUCACAUAACGUUGUCUUGGUCACCUCCGUUGGAUACAGGCAACAGUAAAAUCAAAUAUUACAUAAUCGUAAUGAAAGAAAACGACGAAACAAAAUUUAAAAAAAUUGGCAAAGUUGAUGGAUAUGCAAAUACUUUUAACUACACAAAAAUCAAGCCUGGCUAUUUAUAUAGUUUUAGGGUUUAUGCUGAAAAUGAUCUUGGCAUAAGUAAAGAAUUUUCUAGUUUUGAUGGCUAUGUCAGAAUUCCAAAAACAGAAAAAACAUCAAACGACUUUGCAGAGGUUUGUGCUAUAAUUUACAUUAAACAAAUAAAACUAAAAAUACAUGUUUUUGUGCGAUGA